GCUCCCCCUUCUCCCCGCUCCCCCGGCUGCCACCGCCGGGCCGGCGGCCGCGCCCCCUGCCCCUGCCCGGGGGGAGGGCGGAGGGAGGGCCGAGGCACGGUGCGGAGCGCCCGCCUCGCCCCCCUCGCACACACCUCCCCUCGCAACACCCUCACGCGCGCACACACACGCGCGCUCGCAGCCUCACGGCCCCUCGCACCGCGCCCCCCCCCCCCACCCCCCCCCGCCCAGGCCGGGCGGUGGCAGCCGGGGCCGCUCGCAGGGUGCCCGCCCAUGGCUGCUGACCGGAGCCUGAUCGAGGGCGCCGAGCCCUUCCCGCGCCGGGAGGAGGCUCCGGAGUGGGGCUACGAGGAAGGAGUGGAGUGGGGGCUGCUUUUCCCUGAUGCUAACGGGGAGUACCAGUCGCCGAUUAACUUGAACUCGAGAGAAGCCAGAUAUGACCCCUCGCUCCUGGAAGUGCGUUUGUCGCCAAACUACGUCGUGUGUCGUGACUGUGAAGUGAUCAACGACGGGCAUUCCAUCCAGAUUGCCCUGAAGUCGAAAUCAGUGCUAUUAGGGGGACCAUUACCUCGAGGACAUGAGUUUGAACUGCACGAUGUUCGAUUUCACUGGGGAAGAGAAAACCAGCGUGGUUCUGAACACACGGUUAAUUUUAAGGCCUUUCCCAUGGAGCUUCAUCUAAUGCACUGGAACUCCACACUGUACAGCAGCAUUGAUGAGGCAGUAGGGAAGAAGCACGGCAUAGCUAUUAUUGCUUUGUUUGUGCAGAUAGGAAAAGAGCAUGUAGGCCUAAAGGCCGUAACUGAAAUUCUCCAGGACAUCCAGUACAAGGGAAAGUCCAAAACAAUACCCUGUUUUAAUCCCAACUCUUUAUUGCCAGAUCCUCUUCUGCGUGACUACUGGGUGUAUGAGGGCUCUCUAACCGUUCCACCCUGCAGUGAAGGUGUCACCUGGAUAUUAUUUCGCUAUCCUUUGACUGUGUCCCAAGUGCAGAUAGAGGAAUUUCGUAGACUGAGGACGCAUGUUAAAGGUGCUGAACUUUUAGAGGGCUGUGAUGGAAUCCUAGGAGAUAACUUCAGACCAACUCAGCCACUUAGCGAUAGAGUCAUCAGGGCUGCAUUUCAGUAGCAGAAGAGGAAGAACAACAAAAAUAAAUCUUUAUUCAGAGAGGGGGAAGACAAUGCUCCCACAGUGCCUCAGAUGAGAAAUGGAAACUUUUGAGGCUGCUGCUUCAGUUGAACCACAAAGCCUGUAUUGUUUGUCUUCAUCUAAUUCAGCCUUGAUAGACAGCUGUGCCAGUUGGUCUGUCCGCACGGUCCAGUGAAGUUCUGGGAAUGGGGCUGUACAUUAAAAGAAGAAAACACAUUAAACCUUCCAAUUCACACUGUUAACUAUUUUUAAAUGGCAAUUAUCUUUGCUUAUAUAGUUUCUUUGCCAUAGCAUUCAGUAGUGGUCUAUGAUCCAAAUAGCACUAAUUUUAAGCUUGGUAUGAAUGUUAAUAUGUAGAAAUACUGUUUUAAACACUAGAUUUAAUUUUACUCUGUAUCAUCUCUUGCGCUGUCAGUAACCAUCUUUUCUGUAGAGGGGACGUGCAUUCUAUAAAGAUAAUAAAAAUGUUGUUUGCUCGCA